AUGGCACCGGCAGCCACACUGGAUCCCCAGCCAGACAAGCCACAGCAGGCCGCCAUGCCUGCUACCGACCUCGUGGCAUCCCUCCCGGCGCCCUUUCUCCGCCUCCUCAUCCUCUUUGCAACCCCCAUCGCAACGCUCCGAACCGCCCUCGAGAUCGUCUUCUGGACACCCGAGCGGCGCGUCGAGAGCUACCUGCUGGUGGGAGGGUGGUGGGCAUUCUGCCUCGGGUUUGGCUACGCGUUUGCAUGGCUCAUCCCCCCACUGGUCUUUGCGCCAUUGUUCCCACUCGGCCGCCUUCGGCUCAAUUCGACCCCAGCUCCGACUCACACGAUCCCCGCCACGCCAGCAACCACCGAGACCAUUCUCGUCACCGUCGGUGACCUCCACAGCAUCAGCGCCAUCAUUCCACCCUCACCGGUCCCUCACAUGUCCGUCAUCUACAACCGCUUCCACCAGCUUGGCCCGUGGCGUCUGCUGCGUGGCCUGCUUGUCCUUUGGGCGACGUGGGUCGUCCUCGGCUACGCCCUGGGCACCCGCGUCCUCGUCGCCAUUACCGGAUCCAUCCUCCUCCUCCUGCCGUCGCCACCACUCGCAUAUGUUGUCAACCUGCUCAAAAAGUCGCUGGCCGUCCGCCGCCUCGUCGCCCUCACAUUCAUCCUUGUCUUUGGCUCUCCGGAGCGCAACUACGUCUUUGGCUCGCCCAUGGGCUGGCUCAAGUCAAAGUGGUACUGGUCACAACACCCUGCCGAGGCUUUGGCUUUUGAGCGUGUCCUCGAUGAAGCUGAGGAGGAGGAACUCGCCGCCGGAACUCAAGCCGGCAACCCUGUCUACUUUCGCUUCGAGCUACACGAGAACCAGCGCUGGUGGAUGGGUCUCGACUGGACCAGUGCAUUGUUACCACAAGAGCGUCCCAGCUGGUGCGACUCGCACAUCUUGCCCGUCUCACCUCCCGUCGCGUUCACUCUCCCGCCACCCACCUCCAUCGACUUGCCGGCCCCGACCAGGAAUGAGCCCCGUGCACAGGUCAGGCGCACUGCGGCUUGGCGCUGGCUCGAUGACGACUGGAGUGUUGUUCGCACAGGGUCUGGCGCCACUGCCUCGACUGCGCCUGCAACAAUUGUCGGCAUGUCAUCCCCGUCCCCAACAGACGAUUCGUCGUCGGACACGCGUUCCAUCGCGUCCAUCGACCUUCCCAGGAGUUCCUCGCGCGACUCUGCUGCCUCCAAGCAGCCUCGUCCAUCGUCGGGCAUCUUUGGGUCGUCGCCUCCUCAGGACGAUGGCCACACCCGCUCGCCAUCCAUGGCCGAGCAGGCGUUUGCCAAGGGUCUCGGUCGUCUCAAAAACGUCAAUGUUCCUCUGGCAUCGCCUGUCGUGUCACCCACAAAGGCACCGAGCGUUCGCGGGCGAACGGGCUCAGAGGCCAGCGGAGGUGGCGACGUGUCUAUUGACGACGUUGUAGCCGGUGCGACACCAUCCGGGGACGCACCUAUUGCCCCCGUCGAUGACGCAACAGACGCCGACGGAUGGGUGUAUGGAGACAACAAGUGGGAGAACAUGACCGCGCGUGGCGGGCUCGGCAAGUUCACUCGCAGGAGACGCUGGCAACGCCGUGCAGUGUGCACUGAGACGGUGCAGAGGAUACCGGACCUCGCCCCGUUGCCGAACACAGAUGACGGCGACAUGGACGCUGGGUCUGGUGCAGCUACCCCAGUGCCUGCGGGCUACAAGGCGGCUCCCACAACGACAACAACCACGACCACGACCACCACAAGCUCGGCCACAGCGGGAGUGACCAACAGCACAUCUACCGGCUCGCUCAAGACGAGUGCGGCUGGCGUGUCUGUUGAGCCCAAGUCCAUGUCAGCAGACGCCCGGACGGCCAACAGUGGACCGGCGAUUGCGCCUGCUCCGAGCUCAAUGGUACCCGCUGGCCCGGGUAGUGCCCGGGACGAGCAGCUUAGACAGCGGCUCAAAAAGGCAAUGGGUAGCAUGGGCGCAUAG